AUGGCCUCUGUUGCAUCUCAUUCAUGGCGAGCUGGUAGUGUUUCCCUCGAUGGCUCGCAGGAGAGGGAGAAGGGGAGAUGGUUGAAAAUAAUUAAUUAUGUCAAUAAUCAAUUCCAUUAUAAUUUAACACCCCUCACCCUUUUUAUUUCCAUAUUCCCUCUUUCAAAUUUAUUAACAAAACUACUUCCGAUUACACGAUACAAGCUACCCUGUGCAGUGCACCAUUUUCCUCCUUGUCUAACCUUAUCCCUUGAGUUAUCCGAAGCCAUCAUGGCGUCACUGCUCCUAGCAUCACCUCCUCCACUCUCCACUCAAUUGCACACUUCCACCUCUCACCUUUCAUUCUCUCACUCCCAAACUCUCUUCUCACCACUCUCCACGCCCUUCCCUUCCCUCUCAGCCUCUGCAACCUCCACGCUCUCCCCAACCCCUUCUGUGUACUGUGGCAGAGGAGACAGGAAAACUGCAAAGGGAAAGCGCUUCGCCCAUUCGUUUGGAAAUGCAAGGCCAAAGGACAAGAAGAAGGGUAGAGGGCCACCGAGGAUUUAUGCUCCACCGGUACCUUCCAAGAAAGACAGGUUCGAAGAUAAUGAGGUGGUGAAGAUUGAAAUUGACGAGUCCCUCUUUUCUGGCUGAUUUUAUUGGGGAAUUGUAAUUUUUGGGACAUUCAUGGUUUAGUUGUUGAUAUCUGAUUCCAUUGUGACAUACACAGUUUGGAUUUGGGUAAUGUUACAUCAGUUUUUGUAUUCAUAUCCUUGACGUAACUCUUUUAUUUCUCUCGUUUUUCUGCACUAUUUAAUGAAUGACCUUGCUUUAGAGUUUUGGA